AACAAUGUAACUAUAUUUCUAUAAUAUUUUACUGUAUGUUACAGUCACGUGUUUUAAUUCGAUUGGACCACAGUUUAUAUUUCAAUUUGUAAUAUUUAAUGUAAGACUAAAAUUAUAAUAACAAGAAUUCUUAGACUAUAAAAAUGGCAAAAGGUCAUAAACAUUUAAAACAUCUAAAAUCUGAGAAGGCCAAAGUGAAAUUAAAAGCAAAGAAAAGUAAACUAUUACCAAAAGGAUUAAAUGUAACAGAUACAUCGAUUAAAGUUAAAAAAAUCAUGAUACGUGAUCAGUUUAGACAAUAUAAUGAAACUGAAAUUCUUAGUAAGCGAAAACUUAAUAUUAAGGAUUUAUUAGCUCGACUUCAACAUCAUAAUUCUACAGUUCGUCAAGAAGCAAUUAAAGAACUCAAGGACAUUUUAUUACAACAUCCUUUACAAACUUUUAGUUCUCAAUUGAAUCCAUUGCUACAAGGAAUUUCUGCUUUAUCUUUGGAUAAAGAAAAGGAUAUAAGAAGAGAUUCUUUAAAAGUAUUAAAUUGUAUUUUGAAUCCUAUUUCUAAUGAACAAUUGACUCCUUUCUGUGAUAUUUUAAUUACAUAUUUAAGAUGUGCAAUGACACAUAUAGAUCCAAAUAUUAAAGAAGAUUCUUUAUUAUUUUUGGAUAUAUUGAUACAAAAUUGUAAUAGUGUAAUUGCAAAACACAGUCAUAAAAUAUUGCCAAACUUCUUGGACAUGAUUUCUAAAAUGCAUACUGAAGCAAAACCAGGAAGACAAUUAACAACAACACUAGAUUCUAAGAAUACUAGUGUAAAAUGGAGAAUUAAAGUUUUAGAACGCCUUGGAAACAUGUUAGGAUCUAUUAUAAAUUAUAAAAAAAUUGAAAAAACACAACAUUACACAUCUGCUGUAAAAGUGAUAUGCAUAGAUAAAGAAAGUAAAUAUGUUCCAUUCUACAGACAAGUUGAUGUUCAAGAUUAUAAAAUAAAUUUUGAAAGUAUUGUUAACUUAAAAGAUAAUACCAAUGAGAAAAAUUUAGAUGCAACUGAACUCAUUAAAUAUAUAAGUGUAUUAAUGCCUUUAAUAUUUGAUAGUUGGAUUGAAGUAUGUCCAGAAGAAAGAAUUAGUAAAAUUUCUGAGACUGUUAUUUCUAGUGAAGCAUCUAUUUUAUUAAAACAUACUGUAAUAAUUAUACAAUUAAUAACUGAAUAUAUUGAUAUAUUAGAUUAUAAUGAUCAUAUAAAUACCAAAGUGUGGUUUACAAAUUCUUUUCAAAGUGUUUACAUUAAGAACUUGUUUUCUAAAUUUCCGUAUACUAAAACAAAAACUGUUGAGAAAUGUAGAAAAAGGCAAGAAGAUUUUUCUGAUCUAGAAAUGACUGAGAAAUGUUUGGAGCAAAAUUUGGGCAUUUGUCAAAUUUAUACUUGGUUUACAUCUAUGAAUAUAAAUCAUAAUAACGCUAAUAAGUUGGACAAGGCAUACUGUCAAUAUGUUAUGGAUUACCUAAACGAAAUAAUUAAUGAUUGGUCCGAUAUGGAUAAUUUUGCAUUGCCACAAUUAAAUAAGCUUCUCAGAACCUUGUUUUUCAAAGCAAGUCAAGUAUGGUAUGUCAAUCGUAUAACAAUAGAACCUAUAUUAAAAGCGAUAAUAAGUGCAAGUUUUCACCAAUCAAAACAAGAAUUACAAGUACAAUUAUAUGAUAUAAUUAGUGAUAUUAUGUUAGACCAUACAUUAACUGAAUUACAAAGUGAACAUAUAUUUAAGGAUUUUGUAUCAACUUUACCAACUCUUCUUCUACAUUCUUCUAUAAAUGAAAAUAUAAUACAAAUGAUCAAUCGAGCUGUACUUUAUCAUAAGGAAUGGAUGUGGAAUGUACUUGUAGAAAAACAGGAUGCAAUAAUUGAAAAUGCAAAAAUAAUUGAGAUUAUAGGAUCAGAGGAUGAGAAGCGUUCUCGUUUAAUGAUAUGUAAUUUAUUUUAUUUUAUAAAUGAACAAAUUUUCUAUUAAUAAAAAAUUAAAUUUUAUUAAUUAUAAA